AUGGAGCUGUUGUUAAGAGCUUCCGCUAUUGCUACGCAUGAUCGAUCGAAGGACGGGUAUUUUUACCGUUUUGGUCCUGAAGGAGUUCAGUUCACAAACCGAGCUGUCGUUUUGACAUCCAGCAACGACUGUGAGGAUUGCAAAACAUCCCACGACUCAGUUAUGUUGUUAGUCUACUACACAAUGACAGAUAUCAUUAUAAAAUGUAAAGAACACAGUACCGAUGUUUAUAUGGAAAAUGGCUUGUGUUAA